AUGGCACUGUCAUGCAUCUUUGAAACACCUGUAUCAGGUUUUAACUUUGACAAUUCUGCAAGAAAUGCCGGAUUGGAGAAUGUACUUGGAGAUGGGAAGGUUAAGACCCCGAGACCUCUUAAAACGGGCACCACCAUAGCUGGAGUUGUGUAUAAGGAUGGAGUUGUCCUCGGAGCAGACACUAGAGCCACAUCAAGUGAGGUGGUCGCUGACAAGAUGUGCGCCAAGAUCCAUUACAUCGCUCCAAAUAUAUAUUGUUGUGGUGCAGGAACAGCAGCGGACACAGAGAAGACCACAGACCUGCUCUCGUCCAACCUCACCAUCUUCUCCAUGAACAGUGGCAGGAACCCCCGCCUCUCCAUGGCAGUUAACAUCCUACAGGACAUGCUCUUCAGGUAUAGGGGACAGAUUGGGGCUCAUCUCAUCCUGGGUGGGGUUGACUGCACAGGCAACCAUCUCUACACAGUUGGACCAUAUGGGGACAUGGACAAAGUGCCUUAUUUGGCCAUGGGGUCUGGAGACCUGGCUGCUAUGGGGAUACUGGAGGACAGGUUCAAACCCAAUAUGGAGAUUGAGGAUGCCAAGACAUUGGUGCGCGAUGCCAUCCAUGCCGGCAUUAUGAGCGACCUCGGCUCUGGCAACAACAUAGACAUCUGUGUCAUCACCCGAGAUGGCGUGGACUACAUAAGACCCUACCAAGAAUCUGAAUUUCAAGAGAAGAGGCAAAGGAAAUACAAGUACAGGCCAGGCACAACUCCUGUGCUCACAGAGAAGGUGAUUCACCUUGAAGUAGAGCUGGUGGAGGAGACCGUACAGAAGAUGGAAACAGCCUAACAAUCAACCGUCUCUAAUGCCCAUUGACAGUACUAAUGCCCAAGCUCACCAUAUAUGUGUAUUAGAUAGAUACUGUAUGUCAUUACUCAUUAGCAACUUCAUCUAUUUUUAAAUAGCCCAUUUUAUUGCAAAUAGAUGGGUGCUUUGUUUCAAUUAUCCACACUAAACUAAAAUCUUUCGGAUGAAAUGGCAUACUGCAUAUUAAUGGCCCCUUUGGGAAACUUAAUUAUUUGACUUCUACUACAAAUAUCAAAGGCCUACAGAACAAUUCAAAAUGUCCAAUACGGUAACCUUUUUUAAAAUAAAAACUUUUUUGUCAUUAAAACUGUUAAAAUGUGAAUAUUAA